AUGUCGGAUUGGGAAGACGAAUACGAUGAGGAUGGAACAGCCAUUUCGAAGCCUUCACCUGUUAUUCCAGCCCAGCGUGCUGAGUGGAGGUUUCCCUCGUUUGGUAACCAUAGUAAAGGGGGUGUUAGCUUCGGUGGAAAGCGCGGCGGGAAAGAGCAACCAAAAGAUUCACUAUGGAGAAACUUCAGAGACCAGCAUGGAGACUCUAACACGACUGGACAGCUAGUUUGUAGUGACUCCGACAGUGGAAGAGGAAGGCGUGAUGAUAGAGCAGGUUCAACGCGACCUGUGUCUCUUUCCUUAGAAAACGCUAUGAUCGGGAGGGUCAUAGGUCGAGGCGGUGUGAAAAUACGUGAACUGGAGGAGUCUAGUGGAGCAAAAAUAAAGAUUAACCGUGGCGAUUAUGAGGGAAAGGUGCUGAUCUUUGGAAGCAGUGAUGUUCAGAAGAAAGCCAAGGAAAUGAUUGAGGAGCUGAUAUCAGGGAGUGCAGCCAAUGGGGCUUGGCUCCACAAUGGCAGUGAGGGUUCAGGAGUAAAGAGCGAGUCGUGCUGGCCAGCGUCUGCCCUUCAGGCUUCAACUGCUCCCGCCCCAGCACCCAUAGACUGGACCGCCAUAAGAGAGAACAGGCAGAAAUAUGAGGCUAUAAAAUGGCAAGAUCUCCCACCUAUAAAGAAGAAUUUCUACAUUGAAUCUGAGUCAGUGGCCAGGCGCAGUGCAGAGGAAGUCAGAGCAUGGAGAAAAGAGAAUAACAAUAUCUUUGUGGAUGAUCUGAAAGAAGGAGAGAAAAGAAUGAUCCCUAAUCCAGUGUACACUUUCGAAGAGGCUUUUGCACCCUAUCCUGGAAUAAUGGAGAACAUACACAGAGUGGGGUUUCAAAAGCCGACUCCCAUUCAGUCCCAGGCAUGGCCUGUAGUUCUGAGAGGCCUAGACCUGAUUGGAAUUGCUCAGACUGGCACUGGGAAGACCUUGUCCUAUUUACUACCUGGCUUCAUCCACAUGGACCAGCAGCCUGUACCCAAGGACAAGCGUGGUGGUCCUGGAAUGCUGGUCUUGACUCCCACUAGAGAGCUGGCCCUACAGAUUGAAGCAGAGUGCAGCAAGUACAGCUACAAAGGCUUCAAAAGUAUCUGUGUUUAUGGAGGAGGUGACAGACGGGCACAGAUAAAGAUGGUGACCAGUGGUGUUGACAUAGUGAUUGCCACACCAGGGCGACUAAACGAUUUGCAGAUGAACGAGCUCAUCAACCUGCGCUCCAUUACCUACCUGGUAUUGGAUGAGGCAGACCGAAUGUUGGAUAUGGGCUUUGAACCUCAAAUCAUGAAGAUCAUUCUGGAUAUUAGGCCUGACAGACAAACAGUUAUGACCAGUGCCACUUGGCCAGCAGGUGUGAGACGUUUGGCCAGGUCCUACCUGAAAGAUCCCAUGAUGGUGUAUGUUGGCACCUUAGAUCUAGCAGCUGUGGACACAGUGCGGCAAACGGUUCUGUUUGUGCAGGAAGAGGAAAAGAAAGCUUAUGUCUUUGACUUCAUCCACAAAAUGGAACCUCAGGACAAGGUGUUGAUAUUCGUUGGGAAGAAGAUUGUGGCAGAUGACCUGUCCAGUGAUCUUUGUCUGCGAGGGAUAGCAGUUCAGUCCUUGCAUGGGGACAGAGAGCAGAGUGACCGUGAAGAGGCCUUGCAGGACUUUAAAGAUGGGCGUGUACGUAUUCUAGUGGCCACAGACCUGGCCUCUAGAGGACUAGAUGUACAUGACAUCACGCAUGUCUUCAAUUAUGAUUUCCCACGAAACAUUGAGGAGUAUGUUCACAGAGUUGGACGGACAGGCCGUGCAGGGCGAUCUGGGACUUCUGUAACUCUGGUUACAAGAGGAGACUGGAAGAUGGCAGCUGAGCUUAUUCACAUUCUGGAGAGAGCGAGCCAGGAGGUACCAGAAGAGCUGGUACUGAUGGCAGAACGCUUUGACAAACACCAGAGGGAGAAAGAGAUGUUCACCGCCAAACCCAGAGGAGGGAGAGGUGGUAGUGGAGGAGGAGGUGGAGGCCGAGGAAGUGAGAUAAAUGGUGGUGGAGGCAGAGGUGGGGGCAGAAGUAAAGGAAGAAACGGGUUCAGAGGAGAGUUGGAUUGGCACUUGUAAUCUUAGAAAGAAAGAAGAGGCCGAUCACAUUCAUCUAGCACCAGCGUUGGGUUUCCAUUGGUGUUUUUUCCAAAAAGCAAAAAUAUAUUCUUCUUUAAGGGGUGCAUGUUAUUCAGUUUGAUUACAUUGUUGUUAAUGUACACAACUCUAAGACGAGGAAAGUGAUGUAGCUAUACAAUGUUUUGGUUAAGUUAUAUUGAAAUAAACAUCUCUAAAGAACUGUUCU